AUGGAGGCGUUACGCAUACAAGGGAACAGUCUUUUCAACUCAAAUCCAGAUGAAGCCAUCACUUUUUAUCUCAAGGCUCUUGAUCUUUACGAUAAGCACUACAAGACAGAGCUGCAGCAGAAGCCAUCCUUCACUGCGGGAGACGACGGCGGAUCGGGGUGCACCUUGGAGGAGCAUGCAAAGUGCGCCGGCAACGCGUUAACGUGCUUGUACAAGACAGACCAGAUUGAGGAGUGCCUCACAUUGGCCAAUCGCGUCCUUCGUAUCAACCCGGUACUGGCUAAGGCCAACGCCUUCAUUGGGCGCUGUUUGCUCGAGCACCCAGAGCUUCACGAAUACCAGCGUUCAUCCAGUGCAUCCUUACCAGCAGGUGCGACACCGUUCUUGUUUCUUUGUCGCUCUGUCCUGCAUCUUCCCGCGCUAGAGGAGUCGGCGCGGCCGUACCUGUCGGCUGCUGUGGACCAAUUGCAGCAGCAAUACGCCAAGAGAGGGCGUGAACGCGAGAUGACAGGUACCAAUCUUCCAGAUGUCACUCAGAUAGUAAAACUCGUGGACUUUGGGAAUGCAUGCGGCAGGGGUGUAGUCGCUGGCGAAAGCAUAUUGCCUUUUAGAAUAGUGAACGACACUCUGGAUGCCUUCUCAGCUGCGCCGUACGAGGAAACGGAGGGAAAGGGUUGCUGUCUCCUCUGCGGGCAGUCUGUAGAACGAUUCCAGGAGGAGUGCGAAGGGGACAAUGAGUUUCACAAGCAGACCGAUACUGCCAGUGAGCUAUCUCGUUGUGAAAAAUGUCAGAUGGCGUACUACUGUUGCCAAGAGUGUGCGGUUGCCCACAAGGAAUGCCAUGAGCGUUGGGAGUGUGAUCGCUUGAGUAAGUUAAAGGAAGCCUCUACCAAGAUCACUGCUCACCAACUGGAUGCGCCAGAGGAGUUUUAUGAGCUGGCGUUUCACUGCAUUACCACCAUUUCUAGCAUAAAGAUGCGCCGUGAGGGUCAUGACCGAGUCCUACAGCUCGAAUCCCACGUUCAGGAGGUAUCCCAGGCGUUCCACCCCAUCGUAUCCUUAGUACACAGUUUAAUGCCCGAUGAGGACGCGACGCUUGUAGCCAAUGUUAUCGGUAUUUUGCGGUGCAAUGCUCUCGAAGUUGUGGAUCCUUCUGGCCUUGGUAUCGGCCAAGCGCUCUAUUGCGCCGACCUGACAUCUUUUUUUAACCACUCUUGUGCACCCAAUUGUGCGCUGGAUACCAGGCGAGGUCGCCCAGAGAUCGUGACGACACGCACCAUAUCUAAAGGCGAGGAGCUGACUAUCAGCUAUAUCCCUCAACUCUAUUGGCCUCGCAAUCUUCGACAAGAUACACUCGGCGGGCGCUACUUUUUUACUUGCCAAUGCCUGCGUUGCGUCGAUAGUGAUACAGACCCCUUUGAAAGGGCAAUGUGUAUGGAGCUGCCGACGGCACGACACAACAACCCAACUGAGUAUUUCCGUGGUAAGGUACUGGCGACCUGCACGGAAGUACGUGGCCUUCCCAUCGAGGAAGUGACCGUGGAUCAUGUGACUGAUUUACUCAAGUUAUUGUGUGAAGUCAAAAAGGAUUUGUUCUCCUUUCACUAUCUCUGCCAUGAGAUCAGAAACACACUUAGUUUCCUUUAUUCUGUGUUAAAUAAACCGCGAGAGUGCCUGAACAACUGCUUGGAAGAGCUCUUGUUCUGGGAAAGUCUGAUACCAGGGGCUCUUCCCAUUAAACAAAUGAAACUUCAAAACGCGCUUAACUGUUUAAUGCAGCUCGGCGACGUGAAGAGUGAUGAUGAUGGUGGCCAAGGUACACUACUGCUGUUUGACUAUAUUGAGAAGCUAGCAUUGUCCUAUGAUGUAGCUGAGCUAGGAGAGUAA